CCCUGACAUCACCUAUCGCUUAAAGCUCUCAGAGGCACAUGAACCAUGUGCGAUCGUAUCGCCAAUGGCACCUAAUGAGCGCAGACUGACUCGAUUCUCCUCAACGAAGAACAAAAUACCAGAUGUUACAGAAACGGUUUCUUCAACAUUGGCAGCGCAGCUGGUUCCGCGUCUGUGCUCGCAAACCGAUCAGACGCGUAGUCUAACCAAAAAAGCUUUUUCACAACUACGACAUGAAUUACUCGAAGGCAGAUACAGCCCGCUACUGUCGAAUGUCGGUAUCGAUAAUUUCAGAAAGCUUCUUUGCAUUGCCCUCAAAGCUGGCCUAGAGCCAUGUAUCAAGGAUCACAGGCUUCAGCACGAAGACCACCUAAAUCAGCUCUGCGACUGCUUGGAUAUAAUUCAGGCUGUCGUUGACAACGCACCCUUAACUCUUGUUGAAAUCGCAGAUCCGGAAAUUCUGGGAGAGGAUGAGACGGUCCCUCUGUACUCGUGGCUACUUGUCCGACUCCUCCGAGUUAUGGGUAUCUGGGAGAUAGACAGACUUAGAGAAAAAGUGAUUAACAUCCUCUCGAGCAUAGCGAGCGUCCCGCAUAAGCAUGGCAGAACUUUUCAUUCUUUUAUUUGUAUCUCUUCAUUCUUACGAUUAUGCACCAUGGACCUUCUGCGUUCUCUAGAGGCUUUUCACUUCCAGCGAUCAUCCGUGGAGUAUGCGACCAAAUAUUCUGUAGUCAGCAUGAAGCAGCAAUUCUCUAUAGACCUCUGGAAACUCCGUCUGCCUCAUGGUUCCAUAAAUGCGAGCAUCAAUUCAGGAACAGUCCUUCAGAGCGUUUUGCUUUGUGCCGACAUGUUUAAGUUCAACAUCAACGCUUACAUGUUUUCCGAUAUGCCUUAUGAUCGGCAGGAUAUGCUCUGGUUCUUGAAUGGUUAUCAGCGCCUCUGGGACCUGGCCAUCCUCUGGCUUCGCAAGAAGUUUUCAGCACCGAACAAAACCAGCACACAGAUAUGCGUCCGCGUAGCAGCGGCGGCUGGCGCUCUCUGCACUCAGGGAAAAUACGCAGAUCAAGACUUCGAGUUGGCUCGCAUUGUGCUUUCAAAAGUUGCAGAUAUGCUGACUGGUGAUGAUCUGGUCGAUUUCCCAAUUGUGCAACUCGAAGUGAGCCACCUCCUAGACAUAAUAGUCGAAAUGUGGAGAUGUAAAGUGCAGUACGCUAGCAUCACGGACAAGUCGGUGUUGCUGAGCUAUGCAAUGACGAAAAAGAGACCUACGUUUUUUCAAUCCUUAGAACCACGUCUGCAGGCAUCGAUUGAGCGUCUCCUGAGCCAAGAAUUACCGUUGGAAGCAGAGGAUGUCAACGUGUUUGAGCUCUCCGUUUCUCGUGUACGGCACUUGGAACCGGGAGCUGCCAAUGGACAACAUUUGCGCACUGCUAUCCAGUCAGCUGACAAUAGCGAAGCUGGUCAAACUCCAAAGCGGCUCUGUGUUGCAGCCUCGAACGCAAGUAUAUCCGAGCGCAGCAUAUCACAGAGGCUUGUGUCGGAAUUACUCAAGCUUCUUUGUGAUCGAGACUCCGGCGAUCUCAUGGAACUUAGAUCUGCUGUUUCGGAUUAUUUUGGCGGGAUCAAUGAGCAAGCGAAAUGCAAAGUCUUAGACACCCUCGGACUCUUAUCCUGCGCUCUAGCUGGAAGCUUGGCACGCAUUGACGGAGCUAUCUCGAACGACUCAUUCCAUUGUUGCAUUUGUGAUGAUGAGUACAGGAAUGAUUCUUUGGGUUCAGAUCAGCAAUGGCUCAGUGCUGACGGAUUAUGUGGCGUCUUUACCUCAAUUCUCCCUUCACUCUCCCGUGCUGCGACAUUGAGACUAGCCGCGAUUUCAUCUUUACGUAGAGUCAUCAUGCAUGCACCCAAUUGCGACUACAUACGGCUUGCCAACUCGGCCUUCGGAGACUUCUAUGUCCACUCCAUGAGGAGCUCUGUGAGAGAGUUGCGUAUAAUGGCCGGGUACUCGGUGACAUCGUUUGUCCAAAAAAGACUGGAUCGGGUCAGUAGGCAUGAUAAUUUCAUUAGGAUCUUGGAAUGGUUACGUGGAAUCACAGACAAGAAGGAUUUGUAUUUCCAUGAAAGUUGCAUAUUGACCCUUUGUCGGCUCGCCAAGCACUCUUGUGACGAGGAAUUGAACAUUAUUCUGCUACGUCUCGUUGAAUAUCUCGGCCACUCGAAUCCAUUCGUUUGCUCGGUCGCAUACACUGAACUUUCCAGACUGGCGCAGAAUCUCUUGGUCACUCCCGCUGGCUUGUUUCGACCUUUCUGGAGAACUUUAUCUGUUACUGUAGUCAAGAACUUUCAGUCUCGCCCUUACAUGGCAGAACAACUGUGUGACCUCCUGGGUAUGAAAGUCGAUGACUUCUUACGCUUGACCGAGGUUCAUGUUUUACCUUACCUUGUGCUCACACAAAAACGAGAGAUCAUCGCCAGGAUGGGUGCCACUUACAAAGAAACCAGGACACCGUUCGAUAUAUGCUCAGAGAAGAACAACCUCGCCGCUGUACUUGCGUUUCUAUUGAGUCAGCCAUCACCAAACCCGGAAGACAGUAUAAUGUCUACGUUGUCAAUGGUUGAUUCCGCCUUCGCAGGGCGUACGUUGGCCGAACUCCUGCGUAUCGAACCGAUUCUAAUCGCCUGUGACAUUCUUAAGAAUUUGGGUGACUCCAGCGCUAAGAAAGGGGCAAGAUUUCACCAAGCGCUACACCUGCUUGCUGCGCUUGUCCCACGAAAAUCUACCAAUUCGCAGAAACGAGGCAACCUGAUAGGUCACUUCAUCGAAGAGCACGUCCUUGGCAUCAUAACACAAUUUGCUCACGCCAUAAAUGAUUUCCAAGUUAGACAGUCACUUUUGGAAAAGAAAAGGAAUCUCGCAGCCAUUGGAGAGAUGAUAAAGGUUGCUCAAGGUCACGUCAGUAGUGCUUUGCCGCAGAUAUGUGCGUGCUUGCGAUCCGCACUUGAAAUCGAUGAUUUGUGCAAUCAUGCGUUCAUGGUGUGGGGAGUUUUGAUUAACACACUUCAAAAAGAAGAGGUUGAGCCUCUCAUUGAUCAGACAAUCUCUACUGUGAUAAAGUACUGGGACAGGUUCACUCAGGAAACACAAGAUCAUGCUUUCGGACUGGUUAGUCAUAUCCUACGGCAGCAUAGUGAUGUGAUACGCGAUAUUUUCCAUACGAUGCCUUCGCUUUCAUCGGUAGCCCGACUAGCCAGCCUUGAGGUAGAGCUCAACGAGCUGAGGGGAAAGAUGGACGUUCGAAGCCGAUUUCUAGCAUUUAUCCGUCGCAGCCAGAGUGAAAAUGCGGUGGUCAUUGAGCAAACCCUCAAGGAGCUGGUUCCCUUUCUUCUUGCCAAUGAGGGAUUCGUUCAUGCCUCGGUGCUCAGCGAACAGCCAGAUCCGGUUGUUUCACAGCUGACUCGAGCUUUGCUUGAUUGCUGUGUCAAAUACAACGCGAGCUCAGAGAAUAUAACCAUUCUCUCGACUCAGUGUCUGGGCUUGAUUGGCUGCCUCGAUCCCAAUUUAGUGGAGACCGUCAAGGAGAAGAAAGAUAUACUGGUCUUGUCAAAUUUUGACAGCAGGGAAGAGACCUUCGAUUUCAUUCUGUUCUUCCUCCAGCACGUUCUUGUCGAGGCAUUUUUGUCUGCUUCCAACACUAGAGCGCAAGGGUUUCUCGCGUACGCAAUGCAAAACAUGCUCAGAUUUUGCAAUCUUGACUCAGCCGUGAUAAGCCGGUCUCGUGAUGUCCAAGGCGAGGAGAAAUACCGGCGUUGGAUGCAGCUACCUGAAGCUGUUCGCAACAUCUUGACUCCAUUCCUAACAUCCAAAUACACGGUCACAAUUGGCGCCAUUCAUGCCAAUUGUAAGUAUCCUCUCUUCUCUCUGGAGCUGACUCACGGCAACUGGCUUCGAUGCUUUGUGCAGGAUCUGUUACGAAGUGCCAGUGGUGAUAAUGCACGACUCAUAUUCAGCGUCUGCAGUCGUGUCGUCAAGGGGCAGGGUAUCUCAAUAGCAUCAUUUCUUUUACCGUUUGCGGUUCUCAACCGCAUAAUUGGCGGAACCGAGAGUGAGAAGCAAGAUUUGCAAUGCGAGCUGGUACAUAUCUUGUCUUAUCCUCUCCCAGAAUCCAACAAAUAUGGAUACGAGAACAUUCUGCUAUGCAGUCAGAGUAUCUUUGAAGUUCUGGAUUAUCUUUCGCGAUGGCUGCAAGGGAGGAAGAAACAGCUAAAUAGCUUCAAACAUCACAGCCAUCACACCAGUCGUAGCCACAAGGAGGCGUCCCGAGACGUGCUUCUGGAUACGUACACUUCGCAGGUGAAAGCUGUGGAAGCAUUGUUAGUUUCUAUUCCACCAGAGAUCAUCUCAAGAAGAGCGGUCGAAUGCAAGUCAUUCUCACGGGCUCUGUUCCAUUGGGAGCAAUACAUCCGUCAAUUCAAUAGUCAACCCGAGACACGGCAGGAGUCUAGUACUGAAUCUCUGUACCAGCGUCUGCAGCAUAUCUAUAGUCAAAUUGACGAGCCAGACGGUAUUGAAGGUAUCUCGUCAAAUCUCCAUGCCUUGAAUAUCGAGCAGCAAGUGCUCGAGCAUCGCAAGGCAGGAAGAUGGGCCACUGCGCAGAGCUGGUAUGAGCUACAGGUCCAGAAAGAUCCGGAUAACGGCGAAGCACAAUGGAAUCUGCUCACUUGCCUAAAGGAAUCAGGACAACAAGAUGCCAUUCUAACCAGAUUCGAGGCCCUCACAAGUACUGUUCCAAGUAGUAGAUUUCUGCCCUUUGCAGUAGAAGCAUCAUGGAUUACUGGGAACUGGGAUAGGCUACAUACUUAUCUGCAGCUCAGUUCUCAGGAUACACCGGACUUCGAUAUCGGAGUUGGGUUAGCUUUCGAUGCUUUCCGUUGUGGUGACGAAAGGAAAUUCGGACAACUCUUGAAAGGUUUGCGACUUAAUGUUGCUAAGUCACUCACAGCCAAUUCUGUGACAUCAUUACAGUCAUGCCAUGCCAGUGUACUAAGGUUGCAUGCUCUAUGUGAGAUUGAACUCAUAGUCAAUACAAGACAUGAGUCUCACAUCGAGCCACGAGGCCCAGCCAAAGUGCGCGCAAUUCUUGAUCGUCGCCUGGAAAUUCUUGGAGGAUAUGUUUCUGACAAACAAUAUUUGCUUGGUCUCAGGAGGGCAUUAAUGGAAUUAACGGGCAAAUUCACCGACUCCGAGAUAGCAGCUGCUUGGCUGGCUAGUGCGCGUCUUCUGCGAAAAGGAAAUUACACCAAUCAAGCAUAUCAAUCAAUGCUUCAUGCUGCUCGCCUGAAAGACAGAACAGCCACCAUUGAGCACGCCCGGCUUCUCUGGAAAGACGGCCAUCACCGAAAAGCGAUACAAACGCUUGAAGGUUCAAUCAUGGCUAACGAAUUUUCGCUUUCAGAGGGUUCCGACUCAACGUCCGCAUUACGUGAAAAACAUCAGAAUAUUCUUGCGGCUAGAGCUCACUUACUUCUGGCAAAAUGGACAGAUCGUGCUGGCCAAACCCAAUCGGAUGUUAUUGUUCAAAAAUUCAGAGAAGCCAUAAAACUUCAGCCAAGAUGGGAGAAAGCGCACUAUUAUUUAGGCAAGCACUACAACAAGAUAUUGGACUCUGAAAAGGCACGGCCUCUAGGGAAAGAGGCUCAGAUAUAUCUGAGUGGCGAGGUCUCGAAGCUCGUCGUUGACAAUUAUCUGCGAUCAUUGGCAUAUGGAAAUAAAUAUGUUUUCCAAUCACUGCCGAAGGUGUUGACCCUCUGGCUGGAACAUGCAUCCAUCGUUGAACAGCCAUUUGACCCCAAGCGAGGAGACAAUGAGGACUUCCAGAAACAUACCCUGCAGCAGAGGAAAAGGAGCCUCGAGGACAUGCAUUCGCAGCUGAAAAAGUACAUACAUCGAAUCCCGGCCGCGCUGCUUUUUACGAUUCUCCCUCAAGUGCUAGCUCGAAUCUGUCAUCCUAAUACUACUGUAUAUGACCUCUUAACAAAGAUUGUGGCAAAAGCUGUAAAUUCCUUCCCUCAGCAAGGGCUAUGGACUGUUCUCGCCGUGGUCAAGUCGUCUUCUAGAGACAGAGCCUCAAGAGGCAUUAGUUGUCUUCAAAGGGUCACAGACAUAAACAAGAAAUCAAAAGCAGAGCCACCCAUCUCCGAUAUUCGCGCGAUGAUCAAUCAAGGGCAAAAAUUUUCAGACGAAAUGCUAAGACUAUGCAUAGCACGCAUUGAAGAGAAGGUAUCGAGGGUGAACCUCAGAGCCCUUGGCUUCAAUCACAAAGUGGCACCUUGUCAACUUGUCGUGCCGUUCCAGGCAAUGUUAACACCGAUCUUGCCAGUUAGUCAUGACUCGGAGUAUUUGAAAAGCUUUAGAGCUUUCCCAAGAGACGCGACCACGAUCGAAGCUGUUCUCGAUGAUGCUCAAAUCCUCAAUUCACUUCAAAAACCGCGCCGUAUCAGUAUUCGAGGGUCCGAUGGAAGGAUAUACAACGUAUUAUGCAAACCCAAGGAUGACCUUCGCAAGGAUCAGCGUCUCAUGGAGUUCAACAACAUGAUUAACAGAUUUCUGAAGAGAGACGUUGAGUCAAGCAAGCGUCGAAUGUACAUCAAAACGUAUGCUGUGACGCCUUUGAAUGAAGAAUGCGGACUGAUCGAAUGGGUUGACAAUCUUCGUACUUUGAGAGAACUUGUUCUCAAGCUUCUGAAGGAGAGAGGGAUAUCGCCAAAUUACAACGAAAUACGGCAUAUUCUCAAUGAGGCAUGCUCAGACUUCUCAAAAGUUUCUUUGUUUAGAACCAAGAUUCUUGAUAAAUUCCCUCCAGUCCUCUACGACUGGUUUGUCGAGAUGUUUCCCGAGACAGAAGCCUGGUUUUCAGCCAGGAUUCGUUACACCAGAUCGUGCGCUGUUAUGUCAAUGGUCGGUUAUGUCUUGGGGUUAGGUGAUCGUCAUGGUGAGAAUAUCCUUUUUGAGGAAGGGACGGGUGGAGUACUACAUGUUGACUUCAAUUGCCUUUUUGACAAGGGCUUGACUUUUGAUAAACCUGAGCUGGUUCCUUUCCGCUUGACACAGAACAUGGUUGAUGCAUUUGGCGCCUACGGGUAUAAUGGCCCCUACCGCAAGACCUGCGAAAUAAGCUUGGGAUUGCUUCGUCACAAUGAGGAUGCACUCAUGACUGUCCUCGAAACUUUCCUGCACGAUCCAACCACAGAUUUUAUUGGGAAGAAGCGCCGCACACAAUACGCAAGUGUGCCUGAUACCCCUGCUGGUGUACUAGAAAAUGUUCGAAACAAACUCCGGGGUCUUCUACCUGGUGAAUCCGUCCCGCUAUCCGUGGAUGGCCAUGUUGAUGACUUAAUUGUGCGGGCAACUGAUGAACGAAAUCUAGCAGCUAUGUAUAUUGGGUGGUGUUCAUUUUUCUAG